GCGGAGCCGGCAUGGGGGAGGCCGGCGGGGAGCGCCCGGGUCGCGAGGGGGCCGUGGGCCCCGCAGCCGCCCGGGACCGGCUCUUCUUCUUGCAAGGUGGAAUUUUUCUAGGCACUGUUGCUAUAGCGGGAAUGAUGCUAGGUUUUGGUACAACACUUGCCUCAGCAAAGAAGAAAAACCCCAACUGGUUCAAUAAGGGUAUUACUGCCACAGCUGCACUACCAGAGAGUGGUUCAUCACUGGCCUUGCGAGCCCUGGGGUGGGGUUCUUUGUAUGCCUGUUGUGGAGUGGGAUUGAUCAGCUUUGCUAUCUGGAAGGCUUUGGGAGUCCACAGCAUGAAAGAAUUUCACAAUAAAAUGCAAUCACUGUUUCCAGAAAUUCCUAAAAAAGGAGAGUCAGAGUCCACAGUCAAAUGGGAUGACUUACUGAAAUCCAAAUGAAAGGAACAGAAGAAAUACAAAUUGUAAUAUUUAGUAGGAAAGGCAGCAGAACCUGUGGAGAUGUCCAGUCUAAAAAAAGAAAAGUAAAAGAAAGCGACACUGAUUUGAAUGCAAGAGCCUGAGCAAGGUAGUGACUUGAAUUCACCGAACAUGAGGAAGACAGUUAUUAUUUGACAGCAAGAGAACAGAAACCUAUUCAGUGUUAAUUUUCACUGUUACUUUUCAGUUGUCACUACAGUUAAAUUUAAAGAAUCUUACAGAAUAACCCAAACUCAGUGUGAAAGAAGACUACAGUCAUAUGAGACCACAUUUCACUUAUGGAAAGCAAUCAAAUAUGAAACCAGUCUUGAGUGGUAAAUAGCAACAUAAUAUAUUUGUAAACCCUUCUCCCAUCUCACUUCCAAAGAGACAUUCUGUGUUGUUUGGAGAAAUAAAGAAUAGCAGUAAUUCUAAUGUCAUGAAUAUGUCUUGUUAGGAUUAAUAGUGACUAAGUCUAUUAUGUCAAAUCAAUUAAUAUAUCCAGGUAAUGGACUACCCCAGUUCUUGGCAAUAGAGGAAAUACCUGAAAAGAAUUAUGGUUGUACCUAUGGGAGAGUUGCUGGCAGCAUCCAAUAUGCCAAGGAAACAUGGGAGGAAGACCUGUUUGAAAUUCUUUGUAAAGCAGGGGAAGGCAUUCUCUGCAAAGGGGACUUUUAUUUACUCAGUUGUCCAUUUUGUUAUUGAAUGCCACAGCAGUGGACCUGAUGACUUGUAUAAGAGCCUCAAGCAUGAAAGUAGAGGCCAUUCAAAUUGUGAGACGUCUAGUCUAUUCCACAAAACAAAUUCUUGUGUCCAUCUGCCCACCUGGCUGCCUUAGUAUUUUUAUAUGUUAGGUUUCCUGGGCUCUGCUAACCAGGAGAAUCCUAAGCAAUGUGUCAUUCUUCAUGCUAAAAUGAUCUCAGGUAAUGUGGGUGUAAACUUAGAAAGAAUGAUGUCUGAUUCAACACUGCAUUUGUGGAACUGCAGAUCUAAAAAUUGUAAAAAAAAAAAAAAAUAGUAAUACCCAGAUUCUUUCAGUGGAACAAUCCCUUUCUAAAUGCUCAAUUAUCAGUUGUUUUCUUAAUUGCUCAAGGUUCAAUUAGUCAGCCGUCAGGUUUAAUAAAGUGCUCUUGAAAUGUA